CCGUUUUUUGUCGGUGCGGAGUAGCGCGCGCACUGGGAGCCGGAGACGCGCGUUGCGCGCGAGACUCUUAGCAUUGGCAGGCUGACGGUGACACGUGCCUCUCUCUCAACACCCCCGAGCUCCCGUGUACCGCAUUGGCAUCAGCGACGGCCACUGAAACGCAGGAGUCGACGCUGUGCCACGGAAACAGAGAACGGAAAAGCCGCGCAAAACCGCGAGCGUUCUCCGUUACGCACUGGAACUUGCUCUCGCCCGGGAAACGCGCAUCAGAGUUCGGCCAGAAAAAAAGAGAGAGGAGCGGGCGAGCAGGAUGCGGGUGCCAGGCAUCAUCUACGUCUGAAAGUGACAUGAACCACGGAAUUGGCAAAAACACCAGGCGUGAUUUCAGUCAGAACUGGAGAUAACGAACACGCGUCACCACGAGAGUCCGUUCUCUUCUCGCUCCGUUGAUGCGCAGACAAAGAACUCCGGUCGCACUCUAAAUUCGACAUAUCUAGAAACACAUUAGCAGAGGUAUUUGAACAACACCAGUCUCGUUUAGGAGAGCAACCAUGGCCACGGUAAUUAGAAGCAAGAUCUCCAACAAGCUGUCCAACGCGGCCACCACGGUCACCAAUAAGUCGCAGGCGAAGGUGAGCGGGAUGUUCGCCAGACUGGGCUUCCAGGCCGCCACCGACGAGGAGGCUUUGGGCUUCGCCGCCUGCGACGAUCUGGACUAUGACCACAGGCAGGGGCUUCAAAUGGACAUCCUUAAAAACGACGAAAUGGGUGGUGGAGAGGGCGGCGGGGAAAUGGGGGGCGAGGGGACGGUCGAAGGGGACAGCCAUUACCAGAGGGAUGGAACGGGUCCACCGCCCUCAGCGUCCAAAGACGGCGGAUUCUGCUCCGAAUUCGGCGGCCCGGACAAGCCAAAAAUUACUGCUUGGGAGGCAGGAUGGAACGUGACCAAUGCGAUCCAGGGCAUGUUUGUGCUCGGGUUACCCUACGCCAUUCUCCACGGCGGAUAUCUAGGACUGUUCCUCAUUAUAUUCGCCGCGGUCGUGUGCUGCUACACGGGGAAAAUCCUCAUCUCUUGCCUCUACGAAGAGAACGAAGACGGCCAGUUGGUACGAGUGAGAGACUCGUAUGUGGAUAUUGCCAACGCGUGCUGCGCGCCGCGCUUCCCCACGCUGGGAGGCCACGUGGUGAACGUGGCCCAGAUCAUCGAGCUGGUGAUGACCUGCAUUUUGUAUGUGGUCGUGAGCGGAAACCUGAUGUACAACAGCUUUCCCAACCUGCCCGUGUCGCAGAGGUCCUGGGCCAUCAUCGCCACCGCCGCUCUCCUGCCUUGCGCCUUCCUCAAGAACCUCAAGGCCGUGUCCAAGUUCAGCUUGCUCUGCACCCUCGCGCACUUCGUCAUCAACAUCCUGGUGAUCGCCUACUGCCUGUCCAGGGCGCGGGACUGGGCGUGGGACAAGGUCAAGUUCUACAUCGACGUCAAGAAGUUCCCCAUCUCCAUCGGCAUCAUCGUGUUCAGCUACACCUCGCAGAUCUUCCUGCCCUCGCUGGAGGGCAACAUGCAGAAGCCCAGCGAGUUCCACUGCAUGAUGAACUGGACUCACAUCGCUGCCUGCAUCCUCAAAGGCCUGUUCGCCCUGGUGGCCUACCUGACGUGGGCCGACGAGACCAAGGAGGUGAUCACCGACAACCUGCCGUCCAGCAUCAGAGCCAUCGUCAACAUCUUCUUGGUGGCCAAGGCGCUGCUGUCGUACCCGCUGCCGUUCUUCGCCGCCGUCGAGGUCCUGGAAAAGACUUUCUUCCAAGACGGAGGGCGCGCCUUCUUCCCGGAUUGCUACGGGGGCGACGGGCGGCUCAAGUCGUGGGGCCUUUCGCUCCGCUGCGCCCUAGUGGUGUUCACCAUGCUCAUGGCCAUUUACGUGCCCCACUUCGCGCUCCUCAUGGGUCUGACGGGGAGCCUGACGGGCGCGGGCCUGUGCUUUCUCCUCCCCAGCCUAUUUCAUCUCAAGCUGUUGUGGAGAAAGCUCUUGUGGCACCAGGUCUUCUUCGACGUGGCCAUAUUUGUGAUCGGGGGUAUAUGCAGCAUUUCUGGCUUCAUCCAUUCUGUCGAGGGCCUCAUCGAGGCCUACAAAUACAACCUGCCAGAUUAGUCUGGAAAAAGGCCGGUGGUAGUUUGGUGAUAAGUGUUACGCAUCCCACAUAUUGAUAACCAAACCGAUACGUUUCCCCCAGAAAAAAAAAAGAAUUAAGUAAAUAAAUAAAUGAAAAAAAAAAACAUUUAACCCAGGUUCAUUCAGAUCUGACCUUAACGCACAAUAAAUCAGCGAAUCUUUACGCAUCCAUUUGAGAAAUGCCUUGGACAGCAGCGCGUGAUACACAAAUAGACACCAGAGCAAACUUAUAUUUUUGUUGUUAAGCGAGAUAAUAAUGGUUUACAAGAGAAUUUAUUUCAGCUUUGAUUUGGCCCGACUCCACAGGAAUCGAGGAAGAAAUCAUUUCAUUUUUUAACGCGUGGAUCUGAGUGCAAAGCAAUGCUGUGAGAGAGCAAAUCUCCUGUCUUUACGAUCUGCAAUACACGACUAAGAACAAAAAAAAAAAAAAAAAAAAAACAGCGAAUUAAUUACAGGGGACCAACGCCAUGGCAAUAAAAACACAAUAGAGUAGGUUUAAAAUCAAUUUUUCUUAAUUCGAUCUGAGGACACACACAAGUCUUAUUUAUUAUCGCUUGCUUAACCAAAACGCAGAGGGCAAGAUAGAAAAUAAUAAUAAAGGCAGCAUACUGGACGGUGAAUAGAAGUACUUUAACUAUGCAUUUUGAUCGUAUGAUGUCCAUGCAGUAUUAGAGAUAUUCAGAAGAAAACGAGGGUUUUAUUCACAUGAGGAUUGCGCUGCGUUUCAAUCUGCCAGAAAACACACAAAGAGACUCGUAUUUUUACAAGACAUCGAAUAACGAACCAGAAAGAGUCGCUGAAGAUGAGGACGAAGAAGAGGAAAACGAAAAUUACUCGGAAAUUCCAGAAGAAAUGAUGGAAAAUAUAAAACAACAACAACAACCACCCACCAACUCGAAUCACUAAAUUUCAAUGUUGAGCACUGCGUUGGUUAUCGGAUAUCAAAUGUCGUGAUUUAAAACAAUUAAUAAUGUUCAUGUUCCCCUCAGUGAGAUUUAUUUAUAGCGUCGUUGGAACGAAAUCAAGUCUGAUUCAAUACUCGAAAUAAAGGGACUUGCAUAAGACAUUUUUUUCAUUUUGUGCAAUCCAAUGGGUGCUGUGGAAAUGUUAUAAAACCGUAUGUGUUGUGUUAUUGUGGUUUAAAAGAUGGAAUGUAUAUCACAAAAUCGUUAUCAUAUAUCGUGAAAAUGAAUAUAUUGAAGAAUAAAGAAACGCGUGAAAUUAUAUUGUACAACUGUUUUUUGGUUCUGUGUGAUAUGGAAAAAUGAAACACGUGCAUCUUUUCCCUUCAAAACAGAAUAAAUCUACAAAACAAUCAAUCA